AAUAAAUUUAACGUGAUAAAUUGUGAUAGUUUGCUCAUAUUUUAAAUAAUUUUUUUUUGCAAAACUAAAAAAUAUUUUUACUCAAUAGUAGAACCAAAAAAAUGCUGGUUAAAUUUCUGUAUUAAACUUGAAUUUAAAAAAUAAUUUUAUCCUGCUGCUCCUGAUGAAUCCAUUUGACAAUUCCUGGUGGAACAGUAAACGUAUGAAACUGGAUGACGGGUGCAACAACAAUUUGAACAGUACACUGAAUAGCGAGUCGAAAAAUGGAAGAAGAUGGUCCUAUCGCGGCGACACGAGUCUCGUGGAACCAGAAGUCCUGGUUGAUUUGGGAGUCAGUAUGCUGGAUGACGAUGCCAGCUCCGAGAGUUUAAAAAAAUCGAGCUCUCAAGACGGAGCAAUAUCACUCAGCGAAAGUAGUUCUGAGUGCAGUCGUCAGCCCACCGAAAACGGUACCACUGCGCUAGACGAUAAGGACAAAAUAUACGGCUCCAGUUUUGAAAAAAUAGGCUUAGAAAGGUUGGAUCAAGAUCCCUAUCACACCGAGGAUCCGGCGGUCUACAGUUCGACGGGUAACGAGUCUGGGUAUUCGUCGCGCAUCGACAAUGAAGUCUUUGCAGACAAACAAAAUUACAGCAAAAAUGAUUCGAGUAAUUUAUCAUUGAAUACAAGUGAUGCAGAUCACUACUAUCUGUUUAGGCGAAAAAAAAAAGCUUCUAUUGUAGGUGAAGAUGAAUUUAAUAAAUUGUCUGAUGAAAUGGUACUGAUGAUACUAAAAUGGCUACCAAAGAAAUGUCUGGUACGUUCAAUGUUGGUCUGCAAAAGAUGGUGUCAGAUAGCACGCGACGAGGCUCUGUGGACGCGGUUGGAUUUGGGCAGUAAAGUUCUUGCUGGUGGUACACUGGGACACAUUUUACCACGUGGUGUACAAAUACUCCGGCUUGCUCAAGCUGAACUGUCUAAUCCGUUAUUUAAUCCAGGUUCAUUGGUACUCUGUGACGACUACUUCACUAAAUUACAGUACUUGGAUCUGUCGAUGGCUGUUAUCACUCCUGAUAGUCUUACGGAGCUUUUAAAUAAAUGUAGAUUAUUGAAAAAAUUAUCACUGGAAAAAUGUACGUUGAAUGAACCGAGCUGUCAAGCUAUUAGCAAAAAUAAUGAUAUCACUACGCUUAAUUUAACCAUGUGUGAAGGCAUUGAUCUUGAAGCUGUCAAACAUCUGAUGAAAUUAAAAAAUUUGAAUGCGUUAAAUAUUUCCUGGUGCUCAUUAAAUUCUGAAUCAGUGGCUUCACUUUGCAAACUAUUACCUCCCUCUGUUACCAGGUUGAAUCUUGCCGGCUGUAGAAAAACGAUAACUGACGAUGAUGUUAAAAUACUAACAGACUCGUGUCCCGAUUUAGUAGAACUCGAUUUAAGCGACUGCACAUUGCUCACAAUAAUAUCCGUCCAAAGUAUUUUGAAUCUUAGGCAGCUCGAACACUUGUCAUUGAGCCGCUGCUACAGUAUUUCGCCUUCCUCAUAUUUAAGACUAGCAUUUAUGCCUUCGCUCAGUUUUCUCGAUGUAUUUGGGCUAAUGUCAGAGCCAAUGUUCAAAAAUUUACAAAAUAAUGGCUCGGGUACUGAAAUAAACAAAUUUUUGUACAGUUCAAUAGCGAGACCUACCGUGGGUGUGCGCAGAACCAGCAUAUGGGGUCUCCGUGUCAGAGAUUAAACUAAAUAUUUUUAUAGAAAUCAUUUUAUUAUAUAUUAUACUUAAAGGGGCGUCGAUUGUAUACCAACAGCUCGGAUUUCAGUUAAGUCGGCUGUGCUCCGAUAUCGUCGAGACUGAAAUUUUUUUUUUAAAAAUAGGCUGAUAAUUUUUAUGUCUUUUUU